AUGGAGGCAGGCACGUUCGGGAGAUGCCCAAGGCCUGCGAGGACCUUCCCAGUAGCGAGCACGACAAGCGCAGCAAAACUUGAGCUGUCACCGUCUGACCAGAAGCGCACCGUCUCCACGCUAGCCCAACCACCCACCCCUCCCUCCUCCAACUCUCUCCCAACCCAAACCGUUUUCUCUCAUCGAGUGCUUGCUCAUGGCACUCGAUCAAUUCGAUGCCCAACCUCUCAUCCGUCAUCAGUCCACGGAUACACAAGCAGCCCAUGGAACGAAAGGGAAGAAAAACCAAGGAAUGAAGCCCAACGGCGAUACAACGAUGAUGGCGACCGAGUAGUACAGAUGACCAACUACCCAAACGUAUUUCGUGGCCUGGUCUGGCCUCGCCAUGAUAUCAGACGUACCUGGCCACAGCCAAAGAAACGUCGCCAGCAAAGUCAUGGGUGCGCCGUACCCCGGGUCGAUAUGCCAUACGAGGCUAGCCAACUUUUGCCCGUGUCCAUCAGCUAUUAUUCGAGCUUUCCGCCGGGAACGUGCAAAGACAAUGGCAGGCCACUGGCAGGCCACAGGCCACACAGGCCGCAGGCCGCAGAACAGACGGCGCCACAUGGUCGUGAUCAUCUUGCGAACCCCCAAAGGGACUAG